GUAGCACGCAGCUGCAGUGUUUGGUUGUGGUCGGAGCAAAAGAAGCUAGGAAGGAAGCCUCUAGCAUCGUAGAUAAACACCCCGAAGAGGUGUGAACCCAGCGAGCACACAGCUGUCACAAUACCAAGAGAACAGUAAAAAAAAGACCUGAUUGAGUCCUUCAUACAGCGAGGGUCAACAUGUCUGAGACAUACGACUUCCUGUUUAAGUUCCUGGUGAUUGGCAGUGCUGGGACGGGGAAAUCCUGCCUCCUCCACCAGUUCAUAGAGAACAAGUUUAAACAGGACUCCAACCACACCAUCGGCGUGGAGUUUGGUUCCCGAGUGGUCAAUGUUGGUGGGAAGACGGUCAAACUGCAGAUCUGGGACACUGCUGGGCAGGAGCGAUUCCGUUCUGUUACACGCAGCUACUACAGAGGAGCAGCUGGAGCGCUCCUCGUCUAUGAUAUUACCAGUCGGGAGACAUACAAUGCACUGACCAACUGGCUGACGGAUGCACGGACUCUGGCGAGCCCCAACAUUGUUAUUAUCCUGUGUGGCAACAAGAAAGACCUGGAUGCAGACAGAGAGGUGACCUUCCUGGAAGCGUCGCGCUUUGCUCAAGAGAACGAGCUGAUAUUCCUGGAGACCAGCGCUCUGACGGGGGAGAAUGUCGAGGAGGGUUUCCUGAAGUGCGCUCGCAUCAUCCUCAACAAGAUAGAGUCAGGUGAGUUAGACCCGGAGAGGAUGGGUUCAGGUAUCCAGUAUGGAGAUGCUUCGUUGAGGCAGCUGCGACAGCCGAGAGGCACCACCUCACCGAAUAAACAGCAGUGUAAUUGCUAAGGAUCGGGGGCCCGCCCUCACCUCAGCCCACAGGCCCACACGGACAGCACGCCCCCUACAGCUCCAGGUGUUUUUUGGUGUGUGGGACCCUUCUCUCUGCAGUCUCACACACCUUGGAUCACCUGGAUGAGUGGUCAUGGAGGUCACUGCAACCCCUGACCCUUGAUCUCUGGUAAGACUCUCUACUUCUGACCUGAGGGGGUCAGCUAUGCCCCUGUGUCUGGGCAGGGAAACCCCUCAGUGUGAACACGCUUGGAUCAUAAAGAAGGAAAGAAAAUUGCGACUUACCAGACGAGGACGAGUCAAGGGUUGUGUGUACGGGAUGCCCCACUGUUGUUUUAUCUCUGUGUUCUUCAUUCUGGUUUUAGUAACCCCUUCAUGCUUUCUACGUUUGCACAUCAUUGUUUCUAAAUUAUUAUUGGUGCGUAUUCAUUGUUCAACCUAUCUGGUUAUGAUUCAUGAUUAGUUUGGUAGUAAGGGUUUUAAAAUUCAUAAAGGCUCCCGUUGAUUUAGCUUUUAUCCUUUUUCUUAUUUUUUAUUUAAUUGUAAAUUAAGCCUGUGAUUGAUGGUGACGAAGUGAUAAACAGUCCAAACACGUCCUAUGAGUGAAAUGAAGUCAACUUGCACAGAUCUCGAUUAAGAAUUCAUGUAGAUGUUGAACACCAGAUACAUCAGAUACAUCUUUGUAAAGGAAGCAACAUUGUUCCUGAUCCAAAUGGAAGCAGCGGAGUUAGUUAAGAUUUAUAAAGUCAGUGAGGCCCAAAUGUAGAGCGCUGUUCUUUUACCCACUCUGCGAAGUGUGUUGCGUUGAGUCAUUUGACUUUUUGGUUCGCAUUCAAAUGAGUGUUGGCCUUAGUAAUAUACUUGAUAUUGGGAAUCUAUUCCUACUCACCACGUCUCUAAACUGUCAAAGAGAACCAUCCCAUCACUCCACAUAGACACACCUGUGGUUUAGGUUUAAAGCACAAAAAAAAGAGAUUUUGCUCUUUAUUCUACUUUAUUCCCAAAGUCUGCAGAUAUGCAGCAUCAGAUUAAUCCCGUGGUAAAGUCCCGGUGUCUCCGGUCCCAUCACAGUGUAAGGUUAAGAAAGGAUCAUCAAUUUUCGCAAAGCUAACAAUGCCCUUGACUCCUCUUGCUGGGCUUUUUCUCCAUUUUUUUUCUUCUUCCUUUAACUCCCUUUAAUUUACGCUGCACAUUCUGUGUUAGUGGACGUCACAGGAAACCACAGUUGGUUUUGCUUCUGUGCCAUGUUUGGGGAAACGUUCAUGCUGCCCACUCAGUUCCCUCGCACUGUUUAAUGCAAGGUUGUAAGUGCGCCCUGAUAAAAGUCAGGAUGCUGUUUUUAACUUUCUUAGUCAAGCAAAGAAGCAGCUCUGCUAUAAAAUGUAAUUGAUUUUUUGCCGAGCCGACCCAGAUAUUUUCUCCUUUUUAGAACAGGCCCCGUGUUGCCCCCGAGAGAAUCAGGGGAUUUCCACUGAAACAGGGUUUCCUCCUUGCAGCACUGACAGCAUGGUUUGCGGUGGUGGUGGUGGUGGUGGUGGUGGUGGUGUUGCUGCCGGAGGAAAAAACGAGGUUGCAAGUUAAUAACUUCUAAACUUCCCGCCCUACUGUUGAGUCAAAGGCACUGCUUUUGUCUGAACCGCUGACCCGGCGAAGAGGAGAUCAAAACAAACUUAUUUCUCAUGUCCUCUCCUCAAAUGUAAGCAUAUGUCCUCCCAGACAAACCAUAUGUGUUUUAAGCUCAAGUGAGCCAGCACACUGAAGGGAGAAAGAUGGUGAGUCGUGCAAACAUAAGAUAGUAAAGAUAGUAUAGGAUAUCAAGAGACAGAUGGUCAAAGAUUAUUUUCAGUUUUCAUAAAAUAUUGGCAUUGUGGGAUAGUCUGUCUCCUUCUGCAAGUGCACUUUUACUUUUGAAUUUUCAUGUUUUUGUUUUGUUUAUAUGCUGCAACUAUAGAAUUGUACAUUUUAUUUUACUUGGAACAGUAUAAUGUAAUAAAGAUUUUAAUUGUAGUUGUUAUAAUUUCUUACUAAAUAACAACUGAGGUUCUUAAUUUGAUUUCCUUGUUUCCGCUGCCACGAGGCAACUCCUGCGGUCUGAUUCUGCUUGUUUAUUGUUCGCUGCUGGCGUGGAGGUAGCAAUGAAAGGAUGUUCACUUCCUGAGCUGUGGGAGGCCGUCAGCAGCAACUCCGAUAAUAACAAGGUGGUGUUUAUAUUCAGUUAACAAGUCCUCAAAAUGCUGUUGAACCAGUUAGCUUGCAUUCAUAUGUAUGUAUUUAUUGUACAGUUCAUAAUAAGCACUCAUCAAAAAUAGCCAUAUAAGCAUCAUUUUCUCACUUCCUGUCAAGAUUCAAUCGUGAUGAACGCAAUCCAACUCAGUUGUUGCUUAGUAACUAAUGUUAUAUAAUCAACCCAAAAUACUACUGUACAUCUCAAGUAACAUAUGCUGUAAAUAAGAUUUGUCUAUUGUCCAUUGAGGGUGAGUGUUGCUCAUUGAUUGUAAUGAAUAUGCAAUUCCCAGUAAACUGCUUGUUUUUUCAGUCAAUCCCUCUCA